UAUUUAUCAGGUUAGACAUGGGCAUAAUAGAUAUAUUCAUGAAUGCUACAUAUUGAAUUCUCCUCAGGUGAGUAGUCUAGUUGUUUGGUCUAAAGUUCUUGUUUAUAGUUCUAAGUGACUUGAGGCUUUUCUUGUGAAGACCAAGCGACCUUUUCUUCUUGAGACAUUUUUUCUUUGAGUCGGGUGUGAUUUAUAUAUCUCUAUUUGGUUGGUCUUUAUCAUUAUAUGUUCUUUUGUUUUUGUGACUGUAUUUUGUUUGUACCUUGACCCGAAUAGGUCUAUUCAUCUUUUUUAACAAUUCAAUAUAUGAUGCAAAAUGGCUAUAACAAAAUGAGCAAUUAGCUGCAAAAUUGGUGUGAGUUGAGUGAUAAAAGCAUCGUCGAGGGCACGUCGAGGCCCCCUAAUCCACCAAAAACGCUUCCCUCCUUUGCAUGCGCCCCAAAGUCAAUACGAAGCUUCACAUCUACGCAACAACCAAAUCCCAUAUACCAUAUAUGUUGUUAUUAUAAUAAUUAUAAACCCACACAAUAAAAUAAAAAAUCCCAUAUAAAUUUUUAAUACACCCUCAAACCACUCAAAAGUGAGAGAGAUCAACCUUGUGAAGUAAAACAAAAGCACACACUAAUGCAAGGGGCUCCAAAUGAAGAUCAAAUGAAAGGUCCAACAAUAAUCCAGAAACAAAAGUGCCCUCGUUGUGAGUCUUCCAACACCAAGUUUUGUUAUUACAAUAACUACAGCCUUUCACAGCCUCGUUACUUUUGUAAGUCUUGUCGAAGGUACUGGACUCAUGGUGGCACUCUCCGUAACGUCCCCAUCGGCGGCAGCUCGAGAAAAUCCAAGCGCCCUAAGACAAUGCCUUCCUCCUCUGCAGCUUCUUCUUCCGACACCACCCUAACUCCGCCACCGCCCCCUGCCAGAGGACCUCUUGAUCUUGCAGCUAAUUCUUCUUAUUCUAGUGCUGCCUUUUUGCCAUCUUUGGAUGUGGGGGCUUAUUCAUUUGGAGGAUUACCCUGGACUACUCCUAUCACCAACACAAUUAUACAUUCUUCCUCUUCAGGUAAUAACCAAAUUUCUAGCUUUGAAAUUGAAAAUAAUUCUUGUAAUUUUCUCCCAAAUCAUCUCCCUCCCUUUGCCCAUCCUCCCUGAAUUAAAGUAAUACUUAGCUGUUGGUUUGGCUGCAAUUUUCCUUUUCUUCCUGAUUCAACCAAAAUUUUAAAAGAAAAAAAAAAAAAAAAAAGAUUUGUCAGGUCGGUUCACAAAAAAGAUAGUUGCAGCUCAGCUAGCAGUUAAGUAGUAUUAAGUAUUAUGUAAGUUAUAUACUUUUAUAAUUAGUUUAAAAUUUUUGUAA